CUCCCCCGUCUACUUCUUCAUUUAGCCAUUUGCGGUAGAUGAAUGUAUCCAUGCUGAUUAGAUUUGCUCUGGGCUCGGGAGGGAGUAAUGCAUUAACGAAAGGUGAUUUUGUAGCUGGCGCCCGGAUCUGAUGAAGGAGAAGUAUUAGUGAGCCGCCCAUCCACAGACAUAGAGCAGUCUGAGCAUUGACCUGUCUACACAGGCUGCACACAGACAGACAACAGGCAGCAGAAGUCUCCUGAUCCCUCCGGCACGAUCGUGGCCCUCUCCAAGGUGCUGAACCUUCUCCUUGACCUCUUCAAGGGUCUCCACCCUGAUAACAUGGCAACUGUGGAAAUAUAGAAGUGGGUUGAUUCCAUCAUCCCUUCGCCUCUAUCUCCUGUCCUGGUGAUCGAGACCACCCCUGGAAAGCCUGCAAAGACCUGCAUUCAUCAUGGCUACCUGGAAGGAUGCUUCACUCUGGAGUCCAUCACUACUACUUCUACUAUUCGUUGGGUUCUGCUCGCCUGUAUGUGUUGAGGUUCCUUCUGGAACAGAGGCCGUGCGAGGACAAAAUAUGACCUUGUUGUGCAUCUCCUGCAUGCAAAGAGAGGAGGUCUCCGCCAUUACCAAUGUUGAAUGGUACUAUGAACCAACAAAUGGGAAUGGAAACAGAUCGCUUAUCUACGAAUACAUUGACGGAAAGCACACUAGACCUAAAAGUCAGUUUAUGGGUCGCAUUCAUUGGAGUGGGAGCAAGGAUCUGCAGGAUGUUUCCAUUGUAUUACAUAAUGUAACCAUCACUGAUGCAGGGAAAUUUGUUUGUCAGGUUAACCGUACGCUGCGUUAUGAGGCUCAUCAACACUCCAUUCAAAGCAGUUUCGAAAUCAGCCUCAUUGUCAAUGAUGUAGCCACCGAAGAUUUUACUUCCGUCCUCUCAGAGAUCAUGAUGUAUAUCCUUCUGGCCUUUCUCACAUUGUGGCUUUUGAUAGAAGUCGUUUACUGUUACAGAAAAAUCUCUAAGGCUGAAGAAGUGACUCAGGAAAGUGUGACUGAUUAUCUAGCUAUACCUUCAGAAAACAAGGAGAAUUGUUCUGUUCCAGUGGAGGAGUAAUGAGGGCAAGAAACAUAUGAAUGCAUAGAGGAGGCCUAUGAAGCUAAGAGGACACAGAUCAAUCUCCUAUGACCAUGGGAACAGGAGUUAGCCAUGCAGAUCCCUGUCCUAAGUAUUCACAAACUAAACAGCUCCUUUCUAUAAUGCCUUACUUGCUUUGUAAAAUAUUUUAUGAUGAACAUUAUGGCUUCCUGAGGAUCUAACCUGGGUUGUAUAACA